AUUAAUUAAUAGGAAGGGGGUAGUUAUGUGUCUGGGUAUAUACAGUGGUGGUAGUAUUUAAUAGGGAGGGUAGUAGUGUUUGGGUAUACACAGUGGUGGUAGUAUUUAAUAGGGAGGGUAGUAGUGUUUGUGGACACAGAUGUAGUGGGGGGAUAUAUAAAUAAGGGGAGUAUUGUGAGUGGAUACCUUUUAUAGUACACUUUAUAGUGUUUGUUGCGUUGCUGUGUAGAGGUGGCACUUGUAUAGUGUUAGAGAAGGGGGGGUCCCGGGAUUAUAACUCUUUCAUUGUGCGGCUGGCGGGGGGUGAUUGGAGUUGCAGUCUAUUUGCGGGGAGAGGCUGGUUCUCCAGCCUAGCUGUACAUUACGAGGAAGCACAAUGCAGGAAAUAUGCUGAUUUUGGGUAGGUGCUGUAAUUCAGCAAUGUUCAACAUUCCUUUAAAAAGGAGAAAGAGAGAAAACGCAUAUCCAAGUGGUUUUCCUCUACCUGAAUGUUUGUUUCCUGAUGUUUGUGUGUUCCUGGUGGAGCGCAGGAUGGGGUCUGGCCGGAGAAACUUCCUCACGGCACUGGCACAGAGGAAAGGAUUCUGUGUGGUGUCAGAGUACAGUGAUAGAGUUACUCAUGUGGUGUCAGAACAAAACUCCAGCUCUGAUGUCAUGGCAUGGAUUGAGAGGCUUACAGGCCAGCCAGUGCUGUCUAGGGAAACUAAGGAUGGACCACAUCUUCUAGACAUCUGCUGGUUCACAGAGAGCAUGAGUUCUGGAAAACCUGUAGUGGUGGAACCCAGACACUGUCUAGGGGUUGUACAGCCCCUGGCUACUCCUGAAAAAGUACUCAGAACGCAGAUGCCAUCAUAUACUUGUCAGAGACGAACACCAUUAAACCAUCAUAAUAGCACACUUACGGACGCUCUUGAAAUUCUUGCACGGGCAGCUUUCUUUCAAAGUUCAGAAGUUCGCUAUUUAGGUUUCACUAGGGCUGCAUCUACAUUAAAGUCUUUGCCCUUUAAAUUGCAAUCUGCAGAGGAAGCCAAGGAUCUGCCGUGGUGUGGAGGUCACUGCAAAACAGUCAUCCAGGAAAUCCUGGAAGGAGGAGUAUGCAGAGAAGUGGAAACUAUUAAAAGCAAUGCGCAAUACCAGGCUAUGCAGCUUUUAACAGGUAUUUAUGGCGUUGGUGUGCGUACGGCAGAGCGGUGGUACCAGGAGGGUAUACGAAAUCUUAAUGACCUAAAAAACACAGAAUCCAAACUAACAGUAGAGCAGAGAACAGGGUUACAAUAUUAUAAAGACUUGCAGCAACCUGUGACUCGUGAAGAAGCAGAACGGGUAGAACAGCUGGUAAAGGAUGCUUUGCUGAGGUUCAUCCCAGAUGUCCAGAUUACAAUGACGGGAGGGUUCCGUAGGGGAAAGCUGGAGGGCCAUGAUGUGGACUUCCUUAUCACACAUACUAAUGAAAGUGCUCUAACUGGGCUUUUGGAAAAUGCUAUUGAUUGUCUCAAGAGUAAGGGUUUGAUCUUAUACUAUCACAUGAAAAAGAGGAAACAUACAUCACGUGCAGUUUCCAGCUUAAUGGAUGGCCAUGAAACCUACUAUACCAUCUGUGCCCUGCCAAGCAGCAGCUCGCAGAACACAGAUCUUGAAGUAAAACCAUACAAUUUUGUGGAUGCAGAACAGAUGGCUUGUCUGAAGUCACAGAUCUCCAAGGGCUGGAGAGCAGUGCGAGUGGAUUUGGUGGUUACACCGCAUGCUGAGUAUCCUUAUGCUCUUUUGGGAUGGACAGGAUCAAAGCACUUUGAGAGGGAACUCAGGAGGUACUCCUUGCACGAGAAAAAAAUGUCUCUAAACAGCCAUGGGCUUUAUGACACUGAAAAGAGAUGUUACCUACCCGCUCAUUCUGAAGAGGAAAUCUUUAAACAUCUUGGCUUGACAUACAUUUCACCUUCUGACAGAAAUGCCUGACUGGUGAAGGUUUACGACUUCAUAACUCAGGUGUCAGGUACACAUAUCUGGAAGUACUGUAUCUUACCAACCUCGAAGGGAUGCUUUGCUGCAUGUACACUGAGGCCAGUGUUCAAGGUGUGGAUCAUGAGCCUUGGCAUUGAUCCAAAGAAAUAUUGUGCUUAUUAUCAAAAAAAUUUUCAGAACAUGGAAGGCAUUACAUGGCAAGCACAUUAAAAAGGACAUUUUAGAACCCUAGCGUCUGGCCGGACAUUCAAGUCACACAAAAGUGGUGCCCUAUAAGCUACCGUAUAUACUCGAGUAUAAGCCGACCCGAAUAUAAGCCGAGGCCCCUAAUUUUACCCCCAAAAACUGGGAAAACUUAUUGACUCGCGUAUAAGACUAGGGUGGG